GGUGCGCUGAGCGCGGCGGGGGUGAUCCGGGUGCCCGCGCACAGGCCGCUAGCGGGAGCGGUGGCCCACCCCCAGCCCUUAGCCACCGGCUUGCCCACUGUGCCCUCGGUACCUGCCGUACCGGGCGUCAACAACCUUACCGGCCUCACCUUUCCCUGGAUGGAGAGUAACCGCAGAUACACAAAGGACAGGUUCACAGGUCACCCCUAUCAGAAUCGGACGCCCCCCAAGAAGAAGAAGCCACGCACGUCCUUCACGCGCCUGCAGAUCUGUGAGCUGGAGAAGCGUUUCCACCGCCAGAAGUACUUGGCCUCCGCGGAGCGCGCUGCCCUGGCUAAAGCGCUCAAAAUGACCGACGCGCAGGUCAAGACGUGGUUCCAGAACCGGCGGACGAAGUGGAGGCGACAGACUGCGGAGGAGCGUGAGGCUGAGAGGCAGCAGGCGAAUCGCAUCCUUCUACAGCUACAGCAAGAGGCCUUCCAGAAGAGCCUGGCGCAGCCGCUGCCCGCGGACCCACUGUGCGUACACAACUCCUCACUCUUUGCCCUGCAGAAUCUGCAGCCAUGGUCUGAUGACUCCACCAAAAUCACCAGCGUUACAUCGGUGGCAUCUGCCUGCGAGUAAGCCGACCUGUGUCGUCAUCCUGCAGGACCCCAGGCCUGGUGAGGGGCUACUGAGGCCUGGAAACCAGGCCUCUCCCCUCCUCUCCCAACUGCCUCGAGCUGAGGCCUCAAGGGGGAUGGAAACAUUGUCGAUGCCCCCACCAUGCUCUGCGGACAUUGUUCUGUUUUCCAUGGAAAAGGAGAAAGGCGCACUGGCACACUGGGGACUGCGGUACUUGACCCCUUCCCAGAAGCCUAUGUGGUGCCACAUCCACCAGAACUGUUCAGAGUCCUCUCGGUUUCCUCGAUUUCAUUUUAUUUUGAUUUUAACAUGGGACCCAGAGAGAGACCAGGGAGGUGGGGGGGAGGGUAGAAGAGCUUCUGGGAUCCCCAGGGAUGCCAUCUAAACUUUUUCUGGGAAACUCCACUCUAUUCCUGCUCCUCGUUAUACACAUGGACACCGGUAAGACCACACAGAGGUGAUGGUUCUGUCCCUUCAGACCAUUCCCAGGGCUGUGCACAAGGACCCAGGGCAGAAUGGCACACACCUCACCAUUAAACACAGGCCAAGGGUGAUCCAGAUUCAUUCUGAACAGCAUGGCCUGCCCCCUACUCACAAAGGCCAAGGCCACACUGUGACACACCAUCCCACACACAACAGCCUCACUUGGUCUGCUAGGCUCACACCAUGCAUCCCAGCCAUAUCCAGAUACACACAGCCAGGUUUCCACACAAACUCAACUCGUGUCUCCAAAUCCUGUUUGUAGGGAGAGUUUAAGUUAUGCACUUAUAAGGUGUUUUCUGUGUAACCAUUUUAUAAAGUGCUUGUGUAAUUUAUGUGGAAAAAAAAUAAAACUCUCCAGAUCUGGAGUCAGGGCUGUCUGCUCCUCACUGAGCCCAACGUCUUGUGGGUACUUGCAUUUAUUAUAAGUUGUAGAGUUUCCGGAGCAGCCUUGGUUACCUGAGCUGGAGGGGCAAAUGGGUAGGCAGGGCCUGUGGACUCUGGAGGGGAAAAAA